AUGAGGCCUCUUCCGCAAAGAAUUCUAGCUUCCGUUGUUCUUCUUUUAUUCUUGCAAUUUUAUCUUUUCAAGCGAGAAGGCGAUGUUAGGGGCGAAAAUGAGGAGAGAAAUGAUGAGCUGGAGUUUUCGGAAGAAUUUUCGGGGGAUGAUGUGCUGGCGGAGAAUUUCGAGAUUAAUUUUGAUGGAGAGAAAAAGGACGAUGAAGAACUAAGCUUUCGAUUUCCAGGCUUAUCGAGGCCGCCAAAUGGAAUGUUCGUCUUCCACAACAAACUGCCAAAGUCGGGUUCAACAACGAUGAAAUGGCUGAUGAGCCAUCUACAAAAACGAAACAACUUCAAACUGGACCACCAACGAUUCUGCAUCCACAAAGACGACUGCUACGAGCCUUACCGCGACGAUGGGCCGAAUGGUCGGCGCGAUUUCGCAAAUUACAUGCGAAAGACGCUGGAGAAGAAUAAAGGAAGAAAAUAUAUUUUGCUGAAGCAUCAUCAUUGUUGGAGCAUGGGAAAAUCCGGCAGUAGGACAAACUUCCACGGUUCGGCAGAAGAUCUCGACCGGUCCCUCGACGAUUGCGUCAAACAAUCCGUUCCUGAAUGCACAGACGCUCUCCAAGUGAUGGUGAAAUACUUCUGCGGAACGUCCGACGAAUGCAACAAGCACUCUUCUCAUGGCAAGACGAAAUGGAGCAAGGUGGCAAUUUCGGCGGAAAUCGCAAAGAAAAACAUUCUCCGUGAAUUUUUCUUCGUCGGCCUUUUGGAAAAAUUUGACGAAACGCUCGAAAUCCUGGAAAAUAUUCUUCCUGGGUAUUUUGAUGGAGCGAGGGAGAUGAUGAAAAAUCCGGCGAUUGAGAAGAAGAGAAGCAAAUCUAAGUCGAAGAUCAAGGCGGUUUACUCAAAUGAGACGAGAGAAGCUUUGGAACAUGGAAUUCUUAAAUACGAAAUGGAAAUCUACUCUCUCAUCGAAAAACUCUUCCACGAACGACUGUCUUCUCUGAAGAAAUGA